AGCAUCUUGAUUUUCUUUUUCUUAACUUACACGGUUUGGGUUAAGUUGUGCAGUACAAGCUAGAUUCAGAUCUGAAAUCGUUUGGUGGAGACUUCCUUUUGGAUUUCGAGGCGUUUUCAAUUAUUUUACUUUACUUGAAUUUGAAGGAUUCAUCAUCUCGUUUUUUUAUUUUCUAGUUGGCGCCGGGUUUCAGUGAUCGGGAAGAGAAGAGGAAACUAGUGGUUUCUCCUCCUUCUUUAUUCUUCUGAAGUCAUCAAUCAGGUAACAAAUAUCUGCUAGGCAAUGGCUAAUUCUUCCAAUGGAGAGCAUACUGUGACAAAGCCCCCUCCAAACCCAUCUCCAUUGAGAAAUUCCAAAUUCUUUCAGUCCAAUAUGAGAAUCUUGGUUACUGGAGGAGCUGGAUUCAUUGGUUCUCACCUGGUGGACAAAUUAAUGGAAAAUGAAAAAAAUGAGGUGAUAGUUGCUGAUAACUACUUCACUGGGUCAAAGGACAACCUGAGGAAGUGGAUUGGUCAUCCAAGAUUUGAGCUUAUUCGUCAUGAUGUCACAGAGCCAUUAUUGAUUGAAGUUGAUCAGAUAUACCAUCUGGCUUGCCCAGCUUCCCCAAUUUUUUACAAAUACAAUCCUGUAAAGACAAUAAAAACAAAUGUAAUUGGGACACUGAACAUGUUGGGACUUGCUAAACGAGUUGGAGCAAGGAUUUUGCUGACCUCAACGUCGGAGGUGUAUGGAGAUCCCCUUGUGCAUCCUCAGACUGAGUCAUACUGGGGCAAUGUUAACCCAAUUGGAGUCAGAAGUUGCUAUGAUGAGGGAAAGCGUGUGGCUGAGACUUUAAUGUUUGAUUAUCACAGGCAACAUGGAAUAGAAAUACGUAUUGCUAGGAUCUUCAAUACCUAUGGACCUCGAAUGAAUAUUGAUGAUGGGCGUGUUGUCAGCAAUUUCAUAGCUCAAGCUCUUAGAGAUGAGCCCUUGACAGUUCAAGCACCUGGAACACAAACUAGGAGUUUCUGUUAUGUCUCUGAUAUGGUGGAUGGCCUUAUUCGACUCAUGGAAGGAGAGAACACUGGGCCAAUCAACAUUGGAAAUCCAGGUGAAUUUACAAUGCUGGAACUUGCCGAGACAGUGAAGGAGCUAAUCAAUCCUAACGUGAAGAUAAUAAUGGUGGAGAACACACCAGAUGAUCCACGCCAGAGGAAGCCAGACAUCACUAAGGCAACGGAGUUAUUAGGAUGGGAACCAAAGGUCAAAUUGCGCGAUGGCUUGCCCUUCAUGGAAGAGGAUUUCCGCCAGAGGCUUGGAGUGCAGAAAAAGAAGUGAGGAAUUACGACACAAAUUUGUGGGCAGCUGGUGGAUUUUGCAGUCAAAUAGAUUUCAAUUGAAUCGUCAGAGAUGCAUGGGAUCCGAUUUUCUAAACUUUUUCCUUAGUACAAUAAGAUAUUAAGAUUUUUUAGUUUUUCAGACAAGUCAUUUUUUUGCAUCACAAAAGUGUAAAAUUCACAGUUGGGCGGUGUGAUUGGUCAAAGCACUUUCGGUAUUCAUCAUAGAUUUAACCCUUGCGACGAUUCUCGGGUGCUGAUAUAAAUUUCGGGUAUAUGAAGCUGCAAUAGUUAUCUGA